AUGGACUUAGAAAUUUCUGUGCCUUCCGGGGACUUUGACAAUCUACCACCAGGAAGGGACUUAGAAAUUUCUGUGCCUUCCGGGCACUUUGACAAUCUACCGCCGGGAGUGGACUUUGAAAUUUCUGUGCCUUCCGGGGACUUUGACAAUCUACCGCCGGCAAUGGACUUAGAAAUUUCUGUGCCUUCCGGGGACUUUGACAAUCUACCGCCGGCAAUGGACUUAGAAAUUUCUGUGCCUUCCGGGGACUUUGACAAUCUACCACCAGGAAGGGACUUAGAAAUUUUCGCACGAUGCCGAAUUCGAGCGAGUAUUAACGAAGACUUAAAAACCUCGUUGCUAUCGCGCGCGUUGCAAUGAUGUAAUCGAGUGAUAGUAUCGCUAAAAUAAAUUUAUCGCGAAGUAGAAGCAGUGUUUGUUCAUUCGCGUUUCGCGAUUUAAAGCAUAAGUGUUUUUGCAUAGACUGCGUGCAAUGCAGUC